GCAAGGACGGCGGCGGCCACCGGGGCCACGCGUGGGGCGAGCUCGCCGAGCCCAGCGGCCUCUCCCCCAGCCAGGAUGAAGCGGCUCUGCGAGGAGAGCUCGUCCGACACCGAGUCUGACGGCACCAUCGACGUGGGCCGGGAGGAGGAGUACAGCCACGUUUCCAGGUCUGUGUCUCCCACCACGACAUCUCAGAUACAAGCCAGGAAGAAGAGGAGAGGGAUCAUCGAGAAGCGGCGCCGGGACCGCAUCAACAGCAGCCUCUCGGAGCUGCGGCGCCUGGUGCCCACGGCCUUCGAGAAGCAGGGAUCUUCCAAGCUGGAGAAGGCAGAAAUUCUACAAAUGACAGUGGAUCACUUAAAAAUGCUUCAUGCCACAGGAGGAACAGGCUUCCUGGAUGCCCGGGCUCUGGCCGUGGAUUACAGAAGCAUCGGCUUCCGCGAGUGUCUCACCGAAGUUGUCAGGUACCUGGGCAUCCUCGAGGGCCAAAACGCUGCCGACCCCAUCCGGCUGCGACUCCUCUCCCACCUGAAUAAUUACGUGGCGGAAAUGGAGCCUUGUCCCGUGGCCACGUCCCUGCUGCCCAUCCAGACCUGGCCGUGGUCCUUCGCGCACGGCCCCGUGCAGAUCCCCAGGAGGGAGGCUGCUCCCGCUCCGCUUGUUUUGACUGCAUCUUCCUUGGCUUACCCCAGCCCUGCAGUGAGGCCGGCUCCUCUCCGCCGCAUCCCCGGGGAGAUGCUGCCGUCCCGCCGGAGCUUCCUGGCCAGCAGGAUGGGCUCCUCCAGCCGGAGGGCCCGGGGAGCCGGCUCGGCCGCGGCCGUGCCCAGGAUGCCGUCGCCAGCGGGAGCACUGAGAGAGGGCUCGUCCAAGAGCCAAAUCGCCACAUUCCUCUUCUCUCCAGCCUCUGCCGGCAUCCCUGUGCCGCCAGCUUACGCCGCACCUCCCGUCUUGGGCGCUGCCGCGCAGGGACCAGGGAUCAGGGUUGGGACAUCCAGGAUCUGCCGCUCAUGGGCGACGGAAAUCGGGGCUUUCUGACCCUGCCUUCCCCUCCGGAGACAGGAGUUCUUCAGCGUUCAUCGCCCGCAGGGCUGAGAACAAACUCGGUUCAAAAGGCAUCUUUCCUGCUUUGCAGAAGCCAAGGAUCCGUAGAGAAAAUUCUCUCUGCUCUUCCCUCCCUCCUUGCACCGCCCUCCUCGCCUCACCAUCACACGUCCUCUUCCUCGUGGUGCCUGCAAACGUAAAUCACAUCCAAUUCCACGUGUGCACGAGGCCACACUCCAGACCCUUCUGGCUACCAGGGAGGGGGCACACGCAGAUCCCAACCCCGUUCCUCCUCCAGCAAACCCCUCUGCAGAACCCAGCCUUGCUCUCCUUUGGAAAACAGCCAAAACCAGCUUGGAACACUGUCUUUAUUUCCCUGGGGACUCAGAGCUGCCAGCCAGACUUGCUCGUGCUGAUUCCCUGAGGCGCAUCCCCCCAGCUGCAGCACCUAAUUUUGGUGUGGUGGGAUGGACACAGCUCACAGCCCGUGCCCAGCACUGCUGGCACAAGGCAAGCUCCGGCUUCCCCAGCUCCCGAAGAAAACUGGCUGCCUGCUAAUCCCUGUGCUUUCCUGUCUGCAUUACCAGCUUUUCCCACUUACGUGCCCUUAAGGUGGAGUGAGGCAGAGGCUUAGCAGGGCUGGUUCCCACAGCCCGGCUGAGAUCCUGCCGUGGCUGCAGGGUCUGUGCUGGGUUCCUGGCACAAACCCUGCCCGAGCCCCGCACCGAGCUGUGAAGAGGUGAGACAGGAUAUCAAAGGGAAGCCUGUCAUGGAGGGGAAGGCCCUGACAAAGUGAGAAGAAAAUGCCUUUCCCUCUGCCAGCCUCCCUGCUGGAGCUGUCUCUCCUCCACCCCCCUGCUGAACAGUGGUGACUGCAAAGGGGAAAAAUGGGUUGGAGCAGCCUGAAUUUGAAGUGCCUCCCUCAUUCUCCCCGAGCCCAGCAUCCCUCACCUUCCCCCCACACAGUGUCUCAGUUUUCUUUCUCCAGCACCGUGUUUGGGUCUCACACCUCUCAUCCCCUCCCUGGGCCAAAAACCCACUGAGGUGUCACUGCACUUUUCCAGAGUCCCUAGCUGACUGACACAGCAGAUCACACCUCUGCUCCUGCAGCUGGCCUCCCCUCCUCUCUUCUUUGGGCAGAAAGAACAGAAACUUGAAGCUUUCAAGCCACCCUGCCCCUGUGCCACGAGCACAGGGUGUCCCAGUGCUCCCCCUCACCCCAACAGCUCCCUGCAUUUGUGCCUUGACUUGCUGGGAUGCACAUGCAGAAUAUUCCGGACCCAGCUGCACGCCCAACCCUUGCCCACCUCUACAGCACUCUGACAUGGAAAGAGAGAAAAGCUCAGUGCAAAAGAAAGGUAAAAAAAAGAGGGAGAAGAUCUCUUUUGAAUGGGAGGAAUUCUUCCCAUGCCUCAGGUCGUUGGUGCAGCCGGUUGGGCUGUGUGGAUGAGCUGUUGUUUUCCUUCCUGCAGAUGGUAUCUGCCAUGUGCAUGCCAAUGUAUGUAUCUGCCACUGUUUGGGAAGUCAGUCCCUCCCAGUUGUUUUGAUGGAAGUCAUCGAAUUUAACACACAGAAAUGCCUCUGCUGCUUCUCACUCUUGUCUUCAAGUGCUGGAAUCAGCCAGGAACGACAUAUUCCCUUUAAAUAAAGUCACAGGAGGGAAAUCCUCGUGGCCCCUGGCUGUUCCUGCAGCUGGUUUGUGCACUAGAGCUCACGGCCUCACUUUACACUGUGCAGUGCUCUUAGAUUCACGAGCUGUGACAUCAGCAAAGGUGUCAAAUAAAGUCUUUCAAACCCCUG